AUGAGUUCAACUUCUACAGAUUACGCAAACUUCACAUCGACGGAAGAAGCUUAUGUGGCAGAAGAGGUAUUUCUUUAUACUUGGGGAUCUCUUAUAUAAUCAUACCACCGAGAUAAAUAAAAGAACUAAUGCCCUGCUCAAAGUGACUUCACGAAUCAGUGAGUGAAAAAGACAAUAAGAGUUUUUUUGCCGAAUUUACUUUGAACAGAGCCUACUUAAAACUCUUGAUGAAUAUGUUACAAGAGGUCCCCGAAGUUCAAUAAUCAAGUUUAACAACUUUUUUUUUUCAGGAGCCAAAUUACAUCAUCGUCAUUGUUUUGAUUCUUCUCAUCAUCAUUUGUUGUUACUGCUGCAUCAUCAUAAUAGUUAUGCGGCGAAGAAGAAAGAGAAAGCCGAAAAAGAAAGAGGAGGAGAAAGAAACAGAAGAGGAGAAGGAAGCAGAAGAAAAGAAAGACGAAGUUCCGCCGCCAGUUGUGGCGGUUGCACCUCCAGCCGAGAAAGUCAAAGUCGAGAAAAAGAAGGAAGAAAAAGAGACGGUGAAGCCUGUCGCUGUCGUACCGUUCACCAAGAAGGAGAAGAAAAAGGAGCCAAAGAAUCCUCUUCUUGCCGUGCCGCUCAAGAAGAAGAAGAAGGAGAAAAAAGGGUCACAAAGCCCACUCACCGCCGUACCGUUCAAGAAGAAGAAGGAGAAAAAAAUGUCACAAAGCCCCGAAACAGCUUGGCCGUUCAAGCAAAAGAAGGAGAAGAAAGAUUCGGCGAAUCCUUUACUCGUGGUGCCGUUCAUGAAGAGGAAGAAAGAGAAAAAAGAGCCGAAGCCUGUAGCCGCUGUGCCGAUCCCGACCGAAGGAGAGAAGAAAGAGCCGGAGAAGCCUGUUGCCGUCGUUCCGAUUGCGAAAAAGGAGCAGGAAACGCCUGUCGCCGUCCUUCCGAUCCCCAGGAAAGAGCAAGAAAGGCCUAUCGUACCGAUCCCCAGGAGAGAGCAAGAAAGGCCUGUCGUACCGAUCCCCAGGAGAGAGCAAGAAAGACCUGUUGUACCAGCCCCGAGAAAGGAGCAAGAAGCGCCUGUCGCCGUCGUACCGAUCCCCAGGAGAGAGCGAGAAAGGCCUGUUGUACCAGCCCCGAGAAAGGAGCAAGAAGCGCCUGUCGCCGUCGUACCGAUCCCCAGGAGAGAGCAAGAAAGGCCUGUCGUACCGAUCCCCAGGAGAGAGCAAGAAAGGCCUGUCGUACCAAUGCCCAGGAGAGAGCAAGAAACGCCUGUCGUGCCAAUCCCGCAAAAAGAGCCGGAGAAGCCUCCUGUGCCUCCAAGGGCAGGAACUCCGAUUCGAGCGCAGAAAUCCGCCCCGAACUCCGAACAGCUCACUCCGAUAAGGGAUCCACUCCGUUUGAAACAGUCGCUCGACGCUUUCCCGAGGAACAUGCCAAUGUAACCCAGAUCAGAGAAAAGGUGAUUUAUUUUAUUAUUGCUAUUUACAAGCAAAGGCCGAAAUGAUGGGAAAAGGAUCCAUAGAAAUGUUCCUUUUUUGCUUCCUUUUUGCGCCAUUUCAUCGGCUUUUAUGCAUCAUUUUUGCUUCCUCUUUUUUCACCAUUUCUUGAGCCUUAAAAAUUCCCGAGAAAAAAUAGAAGGCUCGAUAAAUAGGACUCCUUUUGCUGCCUUUUUGUGGCCGUUUUUGAGCCUCUCCAUUUUAGCGGCCAUUCAGAGUUCUUAUGCAAAAUUUCAAUUUCCAGACUAAACUACGCCGCCUUGCUUGUCCAACCUUCUUUCACUCAAGUUUAUUCUUCGAAACUCAUAUUGAGACUCAGAAAAUGGUACAGUUUCAAAUUAAAAAUCUUAACCUUUUUCAAUUUCAGGUUGAACACGAUAUCAAGCAAAAUUUGUUCCGUUCUACAUUUUUAUCAAUUCGGCCACUAUGAUCCUUUCUUCAUUGAACCGUUGCGCGAAAAAUGAAUUUUAAUUUUUGACAUCUAUGUAAUAUUUUAAAACAGAAAUAAAUGUAACAGGAUUAGAAACUUAGGAAAUAAAAAAAGGAAAAACAAAAAGGAUUUUUAAAAAGAAACUUGGGAAACAAAAAGGAUUUUUAAAGAAAGGUUAAAAAGGAAUUUUUCCAGUGCAGCCGCGAACACGCGCUCUGCACCAUCCCUCAAGGGGUGAGCCAAGGGACGAGAAAGCGCCCACGGCACAGCGGUUAAAUUUAAUAUUUUUUUGUUGAUCUUUUUUUAAUGUUUUGUUUCUUCGUUUAAAAAAAGCGGGAAACAAAUGGAAAGGUUUUUAGGGAAGAGUUCCCUUAGUCGCAACUUUUGUUUUGUUGCUUGACUGGCAACCUCGUUCAAUGUAGAGUUUUGGUUGAGCUUAGCUCCCUUGGUUUCCCGCUCUCCCCUUUCUUAUUCCAUGUUUGGACAGGAUCUCAAUGUCGUUCAUUUUGAACACUAGGACUUUACUUAUCUGUUGUUGGAUUGAGAUUUAGAUUUAGUUUUUCAUUGGAAUUCACCCACGCUGGCCGAGAACAAUUUCUUCUUAGAUGGGAGGAGUUCUCAGGGUUUAGUUCUAAUCGUUAGCUAAUUCGUACUCAGGAAUAGGAAUCUUUUGAGAGGAAGUCACAAUUUAGGCCAGGUGACGCGUUUAUCUUUGGAACCUAGGAACUCGUGUUUUUUUUUCCCAUUUUCUGGUUUAUGGGUUUUUUCAACACGUGUAUUUCGCAUCUCCCCUCCUUGCUGUACUCCCGGUUCUAUCGUGUAAUGACCAGAAUAUAAAGGUUUUGUAUAUGAAGCGUUUGUUUGAUGAUGAUGAACCAAAGUUAUGUGGGAUCAACGCCAUUUACCCCGGAGUUGCCUCGCUUGGAAUUGUCCUUUUAUGGGAGGCUCCGGGGCCCAGUCAGCGACAUGGGGGCCGAACCAACAUCAUCAUAACGCAUCAAAAUCUUUAUUGUUUCCAUAAUUCCUCGGAUAAAAUUUAAUUGUCGGAUUACUAUGCACUCGCAUUCGGAAACGUUCGCGUUAAUCGAACUUGACAGGAAAAGGUUUAAUUACCCAAGUUUGAGGUGCAAGGAAACCGUACAAGGAAAGUGAUGGCGUCGCCAAUUGAGUCGUCGGAUGGCGAGAUGUCGGCACCGGCUGCCGAAGUCCGAGAAGACGAUGACUCAGGUCCAGAACAGGAAAAAGACCAGUUGGAGGUAGUUACCAAGGAUUUUUCGAAAUUUUUAUAAUAAUAUUAAUAGAUUUAAAGUACAAGGACCUUGUAGGGAAAAAUAUGCUGAAACUGGAACUCCUAGAAAAGCUUGAAAAGGUGUUAGAAAAAAGGAACCAGGAGAGUUUACAGGUUCAAGGACCAGAUGCAGGAGACCAGGUUGCUAGGUCAAGGGAGGACUCCUCUUCCACGGAGUCUUCUUCCGGUAGGCAUAGGCUAACUUUUUGGAAGUAGUGUGAAUCCGCAGGAAAUGACGGCAGGACCAGCCCUCUGUCAUCGGACAGCGAAGAAGAGCUCGAGGAGAAGUCGCACCGGCUCGCCAAGGAACAGAAAACAUCUCCAACAGGGCGAGUUGCGCGACAAGAGGGAACCUCAGGAUGA